AUGCGAUCUAACUCGACAUUACGUAGCGCAAUUCUUCGGGCUACAGAUGGAAAAUUGCGUGCAGAUAAUUGGCAGUACCUGAUAGAUGUUUGUGAUCUUGUAAAAGAAGAUCCUGAGGAUGGUGGCCAGUUGGCCGUCGAAAUCGUUCAGGAGAGGCUCAACGAACAGGAUGCAAAUGUUAUUUUGCGCACUUUAUCCCUAGUAGUAUCAUUAGCAGAGAAUUGCGGCUCGCGCUUGCAACAGGCCGUUAGUUCCAAGAGUUUCACCAAGCAGCUUUUAUCUGUGAUCGAUAACCCCGGCGUACAUUGGAUUGUCAAAACUGAAAUAGCGAAAACAGUUACACAAUUAAGUGACUCCUUCAAGCACGACCCUUCCUUGAAAGCGAUGCAAGACUUGAAGAAAAAGAUUCAAGACCAAAACCCUGAUUUGCUAGAGAAACAAGACGUCCCUCAAAAAAGUAAGCUAUCGGAAGAAAGUCAGCGCAACGAGGAAAAGGAAUUAGAGGAAGCUCUCAGAUUGUCAAUUUUAGAAUAUAAGAAUAGAGGCGACAACUCAAAAAUAGCUACGACUGAUAAUGGACAAGCUCACUCAUCACAAACAAGAGCAUCGACCACAGCUCUGGGCCCCCUUGGACAAACCUCUACAGCCGUGAGGAAAGUUCGUGCUCUUCACGACCUCAAUGGAAGGGAUUCUGAGGAGCUUUCUUUUCGAAAUGGUGAUGUGAUAAGCGUUAUAGAGAAAGUUUACCGCGACUGGUGGCGAGGGAGCCUACGGGGCAAAGUUGGAAUCUUUCCGUUGAAUUAUGUUACACCCGUCGCUGAAAAAUCUUCACAUGAGCAGGAAGAGGAUCGUGUUCAAGAGGCAAUGCUUUUAGACCAGGUUUCUAAGGUCGAAGAGUUGCAUGCUAUUAUGAGAGGGUCCCAUGAUAACUUUGGCGUGACGCAGGAUCAAAACGUUACGGACCUUUAUAGUUCAAUUACUCCUCUGCGACCUCAAUUGACCAAACUUAUAGGGACAUACGCGCAACAGCGUGAAGAUUAUUCUUCUUUACGCAAAAUUUUGGCAGACGCAGAAGCGUCGUACAAUCAACUACUCGAUCGUGCAAGUCAAGUCUAUACAACACCGCAAGCGCAACAAUUCCAGCCAUCACGUACUUCGCUAUCCUCACAACAGCCGCAUUCAAUCCCACAGCUUCAGCAGCAAUCGCAAGCCGCAGUGACGCAGGUUAAUCAACAAAGCCCAUACAGAGGAUACGUGCAUGCUCAAAGUUUCCUCACUGGAGAAGGGCCUCAGCAAGAUUUGCAACGGCCCUAUUCACAGUCACGUAAUCAGCAGCAUGGUACCCUGCAACCCUCGCAAAGUCAACAAGCAGUGAGCCAUCCUUCACAAAGCCCACAGCGAUUUGCACAACCACCCUUUUCGACUCAGCAAGAAGUAAGUAUGAGUUUGCAACCGACAUAUCCUACUAACCGCCAUCAUUGA